AUGAUGAGUCCCUCACAAAUGUUAUCAAUUUAUGGCGGAAUAACCGCAUUAGUUUAUAUGGAAACUGAUUCAUUUCGGUUAUCGCAUCCAUUUUUAUCCAUUUUACCAUUUCUUGCAUUAGUAUUGUUAACAAUAAAUCUCGCUAUGCCAAAGAAGCCGAAAGUGUUAACGAGUAUUUCAUUUAUUGGACAUACGAUUGGUUUUACGAUUUAUUACAUUUUUAUUGUUUAUUAUUGUUUUUUCGAUGUUUUUACGUCGAUACCGAUUUUUGUUAUGAUUUUAUCAGUGAACUUAGCAAUCAAUUGUUUUUCUAUAACAGCCGCUGGUUCGUUAUGGAAAUACGGUGCAUCACUGAAGUAUCCAUCGUCUACAUCACAGGUUAUUUCUUUCUAUUUUUUCAUACCAUUUAUAAUCGAAGAUAGAUAA